AGUAUUGAUACAAUUUGUCACUUGUCAGUUACUAACUAUAAGUCUGUGAUCUGACAGAAAAAGUCGUUAAAUAAUACUAGCCCAAAAAAUAAUUUUGAAUUUGAAACUUGAUAAAGAUUGAUACUUCUAAGAAGAUGAAUAUAUGUGAUACUGUAGUGAAUAAACUUCCCUCUUAUUUACAUGAUUUAUUCGUUAAUCAAUGUGAAGAUGCAAUACGGUUAGUUUUUUUGAACAAAAGUGAAGUUGAGGAUAUUCGUCCCACCAAAAAUACAAAUUUUAUAUUGAAUGAAACCGAAAAUAGUAUAUCUUUGGAUAUAACAGGAAAUCCUUUAGAAGUUGAUUUGAAAGGAGAUGACUCUCUCUUGCCAGAGGAUUUUCAAGCAGAAAUUAUACAACAUUGGUCUGAAAAUGAAAAUAACCAUUUUCCCAUGUCUAUCAAAGAAGCUAGAAAUUAUUUAAAUUCUCUAUCUAGACAUAAAACCAGUAAUUAUGUAUUUGUUCUAUGUGACGGAAACAAUCCACUUAAAACUAUUGUAUUAGCUGUGAGACAAGUAGAAAAGAAGAUAUAUACUUGUACUGUAGACGUACUAGGGUGCUUUGCAAAAAAUCAUGAAAAUAUCUCGCUAAGUUCAAUGGAAAAAAGUCAUAUGUUAUUAACAGGCAAUAAUCAGUCUAAUAUUAGUUAUGUUGUAACUUUUAAAUACUUCAUUUUUGGAACUUUUUUGCAGAAUAUUAGAAACGUUUAUGGUACAAAAUAUUUUGGGAGCAUUUGCAUAGAAACAAGUGUUAAUAAAAAGUGUAAUCUCGAUAACCCUUGCAGUUUAGUAGACGGGACAAAAGUAAAUGUGCAAGUUAUUGCUGGUCACAAGAAUUCAUCAAUAAACUUUCUUUGGGAAGAUUUAGUGUCUGUUUAUGAUUAUUUAAAAUAUUUUUCUACUAAUAAAGGAGAUCCGAAUACAGUUAUAUGCCAAAAUCCAUUGCCAGUUGAAGACAUUUAUAAAAGUGUAAAUGAAAUUGUUCAUACAAAUUUGAUCAAAAGAGAAUUGAAAGUAGAAUUCAGUUUAGAAAAUAUUAGAAUGCCAAAUAUUCUAGAUAAACUUUGGAGCAUUGUAAAGAACUGUGAAGAUUUAAAAACUCUUAGAGAUGUAUUCCAUUAUUUUUUUGAAGAAUUGGCUGAAACUGAAUCCAAUCUAAAGCUACCUGAAGACAAUACUUCAAAUAUAGCAGCAAUUAUAAAUGGUAUUCUCGAUGGAAAACUAGCUGUCCCAACAAUCAAUUACUCGGAAGCAUUGAAAUUUUUGAUUGAAAUUGGAGCAGGAAAAUUGAAAAGUGACUACCAAACCAUUCUUAAACAAUUCUAUGUACCAGCUGCAAAAUCAAUUUCAUCAAAAUGGAGUGAAUUUGAAAGUGAAUUGUUAGUGGAGGAGACGCACAGAAAAACCAGAAUUACGCAUCAUUUAAAAGACAAUAAAAUUGCAAUUGAAAAAUGUAUGGCGAAACUUGUUUAUCUAUCAAAACUACACAUAGCAACAGACCUGAUUUAUUUAGUAAAAAAUAAUGCUUUUCUACCUGAAGCUACAUUUGAUUACAUUUGUGAGAGAGUUUGCAAAUGUUACGUUGCCACGAAGGAUAUUAUACAUGAAUUUAAGGAUUUGAUCGAGAAACCAGUUUGUAGCUUCAACAUUUCUGUUAAUAAUUUCGAAAGUAAUGUUGUAGAAAAUAAAAUUCCAGACUUUUGCUCUAUUAGAAUGAGAUCCCAACAAGAUAAAUUAGAAACUCAAACUGUUUAUUUGAUGUCUAAAUAUCUUAUUUUCCCCCCUAAUAUUUAUAAUAACUAUGAUAUUGAUAUUGAUGAAAAACAAACUUUGUAUUAUACAUAUAAAUUACAGAGUCGUCUCGUAACUUUAUAAAAUAAAAUACUAUUUGGAAAGAUGAGAGUUUAUGUAGUCCAUCUUCAUAAUCAACAAUUAACUUUCAAUUUCUACAUGUCAAGACUUGGACCUUUUUUGUUCUGUAUGAGGGGAAAUCCUCAAUAGGGUGGUUCAAAAACAAGUUGAGGUGGGACGCAGUGGUUAUUGCAGUCAUACAUAAAAACGAACUUAACGAUUUGAACUCCUUUAUUGAUUAUUAUACUUUCAACAAUUUUGGAAUUAGUUAUUUAUACCAAGAUGCUAAUUUUCGAAACAUGGAACUGCACAGAGAGCAGGAUUACUUUGGCAUAUCUUGCAUCUUAGAUUCGUCACUCUCCUUUUGUUUGUUUUUGCGCAAUUUCUGCGGCGCAGAAAAUAGGACUUUCGUUUAUAAUUAUCUGGUAGUGAAAUAUGUUCUAGGUAAUGUUGAGUGCCAAGCUGUACAUUAGGGGGCCGCCGAUAAUCUGUUGCUCUGUCAUGAGCUGGUGUAAACUUUACUAAAUGACGAGCAUCUUUGAGAUUGUGAUCAAUUUCCAACAAAGAUUUUAUUAAGGAUUCUCUGAAAAUCAUAAACUGCAACUUGUUAUUUUUAGUUAGUCUCUUGAAAAUAAAAUAGCUGCUCCAAACGGGUAUGUCCAAAAAGUGAAAAAUUACCUUCUUCUUGUACCAGAAUAUCGUUUUUCGCGGAGACGAAUAAUAUGAAAUCAUUUGGUCGGAUCUAUCUAUUCCUGACAUAAAUUUGUUAUAUACAACAACUUCAAUGGGCUUUGUUUUCAUCGACCAUGAUUAUCUACUAAUAGUGCUCUACCCAGUUUCUUCUUUACGACCAAUGUUGGAUUGCCUCUUCUAUAAAGCGCAAUGUUCCAGUCACAUGAGUUUAGUUUUGCAGAAGUCUAUUUGCAAGAUUCAAGCUAUUGUAAUAAUUGUCCAUAAAUAAAUGGUUAGGUGCCCCCUAUGUUUAGAUAAGGUUGCAUUAAAGCUUCAAGUUUAGAAAGGUCGACAAUAUAAUUAUAAUGCAUCACACCACGUAAUGUUAAGGUCCAAUGCGAGUAAAUGGAGGUUAUGUUCCUUCCAGAAGAAUAUUUUAUUUAGAGACUAUAAAGGGCUGCAUCUAUCAUGGGUCUCAUAUACUUAUUAAGCAUGUACGCCUGCUAUAACAGGUCUGACCCCUAAAGCUUAUAAAAAUAUGACUGCUAUAAAAGGCGUGUCCAUCAACGUGUUAAUAUCUUUGCGUUCUCGAGCGUCGGCACUUGACUCUUGCCAUUCUCCGGCGUAAAGUUUUAUCCAAAAUUUAUCUGUAUUAAACAUGCCUCCGGUUCUGGAUUAACUUUCAAUAGUGGACAGAGUCUUGACACUACACAGGUAACUUCUCUACCUGCUGUUCUCACUGAAGCGGCGCUAUUAAUACCAUCCCUGCAUCCUAUUAGUUUGAAAAUGCAUUACUCCAUUGUGUAGGUGGUGCGUGAUCUUUCUUUAUUAAAACCAGUUGUCCAACAUCAAGGCCACUAUAGGACUUCUUCCAUUUAUGUCUCUGUUAUAAUUCGUUGACAUAUACUCGAUUCCAUCUUGUCUUCCUUGACAUUAGUAAUUGGAAGUUCUGGUACUGCUUCCAUUUGUCUUCCAAUUAGAAAGUGUGAGGGCGAGAGACAGAUCAAAUUAUUCGGAUCAGUGGUUAAGGGAGUAAGAGGGCGUGAAUCAACACUGCUUGAAUACGAGUCAGUAACGUUUGAAAAUCAUAAAGAACAACUUGUGGUCACUCAAUAAACCAAUGUUUCUCGUACGAAAACGUAAGAUAAUGGAAAAUAAAUCCUGUUGAAUCUUGGGGCCAGACUUUUGUACGUCCUUCAAUGAUGUGCCAGAUCUUUAUCCCUGACUUAUCCAUCUAAUUUGGUUGACUUGAAUUGAGUUUUUCUUUCUAGUGGAGGUAAUUAGGUAGGUUUUAUUCGGGUUGGCAUUUACCCCACUGAUCCACACUACCCUCUUGUGUAGUUGAGUUCGCUUUGAACUAUUUCACAGAAUGUAUUCUGAAAGCUUCCUUAACAUGAUACGCCGAGUUCAGUCAGUCCUCAUAUCGACCUAAUCUAACCUUAACAAAUUCUUUAUGUGGAUAAUGACAAUGAUGCCAUAUGGUUGAAUGAAAAAGAUGUUGACACAACUAAUGUUCCUGACAUUAAUAACUCAAUCUAACACGAAGUGGCUACUAUACCAGUUAUAAACAAUUUAAAUGAGUGGAUUCGAAACUCAUGGACUCAAGAUUAUUAAGUUUAUAUCUUUAAUUGCCCUAAAAAAAUCAUAAUCAUAAAAAAUUCAAUGUCAUUCAUGACGACUUAACCGAACUUAUCCUAAAAUUAGAGAUAUUGAAAAGCAAUUUCAAUAGCAACUAGAAUCAACAAACUCCAUACUUAUAUCACAUGUCAUUUUGAAUAUUGAUUUUCCACUCGUAUGAAUUUGACAAUUUCAAGCAAAAAACAAUUUUGUUAAUUAAUGUGAGUAAUUUUUAAUAUUGUUAUACAUAUUUUUACAUUCUAUUAUUAUAUAUUAUAAAGAG